CUGGGCGCGGAAUCACGUGCUCAAGGAGGAAAGCAGAAGUGCAGGCCGAUCUGCUGUCAGUGUGCGAUUUCAGGGUUCGGUACCGGCCAUGGCUUCGAUCCUGGAGGAGUACGAGGACUCCCUGUCCCGACCAAACUUCCCCAGCCAGGUCCGGGCCCCAGAAAUCCGCCAUUCCGGCUAUAUCAACGCUCGUCUAGAAAAAGAAACCCCUAUAUUUAAUAAGCAGAGGAUUGAUUUUACACCACCAGAGAAUAUUAACUGUCUUGUCGUUUGCAAUAACCAGCUUUGUAUGAGUUUGGGUAGAGACACAAUUCUCAGAAUUGAUUUGAUAAAGGCGGACCAACCCAAUCAAGUGGACUUAGGCCGUAAAGACGAAUCCAGAGUCCAUAAGCUUUUUUUGGAUCCUACAGGAUCUCACCUCUUGAUUGCCCUCAGUACUAAUGAAUGCCUGUAUCUGAAUCGUAAUGCGCAAAAAGUGAGAACUCUUUCCAAAUGGAGGGGCCACUUGAUUGAAUGUAUCGGGUGGAACAGAUUUUUGGGAACGGAAACCAGCACUGGUCCCAUUCUAGUAGGGACUAAUCAAGGUCACAUAUAUGAAGCCGAUAUAGCAGCCAGUGAAGGUGGCCUUUUCGGUACAAAUCCUGACCAGUAUUUUCGACAUGUUCACACUCUUGAGGAAGAGACAGGCCCUGCCCCAGUUUCCUGUUUGGAUAUUGAUCGUGGCUAUGAAAAUCGAUACUGUGUUAUUGCAACCACUCCGAAAAGACUCUUCCAGUUUGUUCACAAAAUACCAGAGGGAACAGAGCAACAAGGGUUUGCCAUUCUGUUCAGUCAACCGGCCGACAGCCUUCCCAGCAUCCAGGAGUUUCCAGGAAACCUUGGUUAUAGUGAUCUUGCUUUCUACCAUCAGAAACUUCGCAAGUUCCCCAAUUCAUUUGCAUGGAUGAUGGGAAAUGGAGUUCUUUAUGGCAGCUUAGAGUUCUCUAGACCAGAAUCUGUUUUGAUCGAUGUACAAGUUUGGGAAUACUCCUCCAGCAGUGAGAAGCCAAUAUCUAUUGUUCUCUCUCAGUUCCACUUCCUGCUUCUUUUGCCUGAUCGGGUUAAAGCUGUUUGUAUACUGAACGGGCAGGUAGUCUUUGAAGACAUUUUUACUGAGAAAUUUGGUCCACUAAAAAGGAUGGUGAAAGACCCCGUUUUAGGGCAGAUUUGGGUUUAUACAGAGAGGGCAGUGUUUCGCUAUAACGUGAAACGAGAGUCAAGAGAUGUUUGGAAAAUGUACAUGAACAUGGAUAAAUUUCAAUUGGCCAAGGAGUUUUGCAACGAUCGCCCUGAGUGCAUGGAUAUGGUACUAGCUAAGGAGGCAGAGUAUUGCUUUCAGAAUAAAAGAUACAAGGAAAGUGCCAAAUGUUAUGCACUUACUCAGAACUACUUUGAAGAAAUAGCCCUCAAAUUUAUUGAAGCCAAGCAAGAAACUGCACUGAUGGAGUUCCUACUAAAAAAACUCUUUAAUUUAAAGCCUUCAGAGAAGAUACAAGCAACUCUUUUGACCACAUGGUUAACAGAGCUAUACCUGAAUCAUCUUGGAAUCCUGGCAAGUGACCCAUCUGAAAAAGCCACUUAUUUAAAGGUGCGUGACGAGUUUCGGGCUUUUCUCAGCACCCAAAAAAACAAAGACAGCCUCAUAAAUAAUCGUGCCUCCAUAUAUGAACUUUUAGCCAGUCAUGGAGACACAGAGCACAUGGUGUACUUUGCCGUGUUAAUGCAAGACUAUGAAAGAGUAGUAUCACAUCACUGUCAGCAUGAUGACUAUGAUGAGGCUCUUAAAGUUCUAUCAAAGCACAAAGAUGAGAAACUUUUUUACAAGUUCUCUCCAGUUCUCAUGCAGCAUAUUCCACAAUCCGUUGUAGACUCUUGGAUUGCAAUGGGUAAAAAACUGGACCCCAAAAAUCUCAUUCCAGCCCUUGUUAAUUACAGCCAGAGUGCUGGAACCCAGAUCAAUGAAGCCAUAAGAUACAUGGAGUUUUGUGUGGACGAACUCAAGGAAACCGAGCAGGCCAUUCAUAAUUACCUACUAUCUCUCUAUGCUCAAUUCAGACCCGAUUCCCUUCUUUCCUACUUAGAAAGAGCUGGAACCAACCCUAAUCGAAUUCACUAUGACCUGAAGUAUGCUUUGCGGCUAUGUGCAGAACAUGAGCACCAUCAUGCAUGUGUACAUGUUUACAAAGUUAUGGAACUUUAUGAAGAAGCUGUGGAUCUGGCAUUAAAGGUGAAUGUGGAUCUGGCAAAGUCCUGUGCAGAUUUACCAGGAGACGAUGAGGAGCUAAAGAAGAAACUUUGGCUGAAAAUUGCUCGUCAUGUGGUGCAGGAAGAAAAAGAUGUGAAAAAAGCCAUGGUCUGCCUGUCUAGCUGUAAUCUUCUUAAAAUUGAGGACAUACUGCCCUUUUUCCCUGACUUUGUGACCAUUGACCAUUUCAAAGAAGCCAUCUGCAGCUCGCUUGAAGACUAUAAUCAGCACAUUGAGGAGCUGAAGAGGGAGAUGGAAGAUGCUACUCUUAGUGCCAAGCGUAUCCGGGAAGAUAUGCAGGAGAUGAGAAACAAGUAUGGAUCAGUGGAUCCACAAGACAAAUGCACAGUAUGUGACUUUCCAUUACUGAAUCGGCCCUUCUACCUGUUCCUCUGUGGACACAUGUUCCACUAUGACUGUCUUAUGCAGGUUGUUGUGCCUAACCUACCAACUUACAAACAAAUUAAGCUGGAAGACCUUCAAAAAAAGCUUGGAGCUGCGGCUCAGCCUUCAAAAAGUCGCUCCCACACAAAAGAUGAUGAUAAUGUAAGCCUGGGCAAGAGUCCACAAUCUCGUGAGCAAAUUAAGGCAGACAUUGAUGACAUUGUGGCAGCUGAAUGUGCCUACUGUGGUGACCUCAUGAUUCGGUCUAUCGACAAACCUUUCAUAGACCCACAUAAAUAUAAGGAAGAAAUGUUAAGCUGGAUGUAGGGUAGAAAUUUUCCACUGCUGGCUAAACUUUUAAAAUGAUAGAUCGUGAUGGAACACAAAACACCUGCUAUAUAAAAAGUAAUGAAUGUGGAUUUGUGAAAUUUACUUAAAGAGCAGCAUUACAUCUGUAAAGUUUCUCAAACAACCACUCCAUGUAGUGAUUUCACUUAUUGGUGGUUAUGUUUUCUGAAUAUGAUCUAGCACGGGUGCCAGGAGUAUAAUGUUUGUUUUUUGUUUUCUUCUGUUUAAAAGUUUAGAUGGAUUCAUUUUACAGCCUUGUUACAAAUUACACAAGCCCUGGUAAAAAAAAAAAAAAAAAAAAUGGUCAGCAUGGCACUUACUCUAAUGCAAAUGUUUAGUUUUUUUUUGUUUUAAAGGAGCAAACCACUGUGUAUGUAAGAUGUUGCAUGUGUUGUGUUCCAGCUGUUUAAAAACUUAUUUCAAACUAUUUUUGGCAAAGGGGUUUACAAGGUAAUGUGUGGUGGCAAAAUAAUUAGCAGCUUUUUUUCUUUUUUUUUCAUUUUAAAUGAAAAUACUUUCAGAUAUGUAUUCUUAAGUGAGAUGUCCUAAGGCUGUUAGUGAAGACUAAAUGUUAUUUGCCGCCACACAUGUGCUCGUGCAGCAGUUUGUAUUUUACAAAAGUGUUUUGUUGCCUGCUUUAUCAAUGUUCAUCAAUGGAGGGCUUACGUUUGGUCAGUGGUUGAGUGAAUCCAUAGAGUGCAGCGUGUGUGUGAAUGUAGGGUUCUGUUUGUGGUCCCUUUUACCGUUUUCUUCUCAUUGGUUAUUUUUCUAUUCUUUGUUGCCUGCACCAGUUCUGCACUAUAGCAUUUCUCCUGUUUCUCUCUCCCUUCCUCUUUAUUACUUUUAUCACGAGAUCAUUUUUCUUAACACAAUGUGACUUACUCCAAACACCAUGACCACUUCAGUGAGUGGAAGUGGUUAUAGAGCCUAGAAUCUGUAUGUUCAGCGUUUCUCUUUAAAAACAACUCUCCGCCAAGGAAGAGGCAGCAGGAUUGGCAUAAGACUGCAUGAGAGGAGAUCUUGUGCUUGUUAGGACCCCAUUGUAAUACGGUUUCCCCUUUUACCAAAGAGCAUUGCCAGGGUACUCUAACCACUGCAGUGAUGGUUGGAGGAACUCUUCAAAUCCAUUAUUGGUGUAGAUGGCUCUAGUUACACAUUGGGUUCUCUUUACAGUACCAGGAUCAUUAUUUUUUUUUUUUUUUAAUGCAUUUUAAAGAUAAUACAUUAAAAGUAUGCCUAAAAAAAAAUCUGAACCCAAAGUAAUAGUUAUGUGUAAAACACAAAAUAUUACAUAACUGACCUCCAGGCCAUAGCUUGGCUACUCAAGAACCUCAGCUUUUAGGCUAUAGAAUCCGAACUGUUGAUCAUGUUAAAUGAAGCCAAACAAGGCGUAACGUUCGUGAGGAAGGGUAGCAGUAGCACAUUUCAAAGCUUUUUUUUUUACAUAAGAAAGCUGUUAUUUGAACUAAACGUCCCAGAAACCUUUGUGCUCCAAAACAUACAACUGUGUUAUUGGAGACUACAGGUUUGGAGGGAGGGGCACAAAGGGAGAUGUUCACAUACAGUACCAUACCAACAAACAGAACGAACUGAGGAUGCUGGGUAGAUAUGCUGCAUUCUACAAAACAUUUUUGUAUUUAGUUUGCAAACACUAUACAUAAGUGGGAAUGCAAACGGUGUAGGCAAUUAAGGCUAACAGUUCUGAAGUUUUCCUUUAAGGGAAGGUGUAAAGCACUAGAGAAAUGUAUUUUAAUCUUAAACUAAGAUUAUAACUUUAAGUUUUUUGUUUGUUUGUUUGUUUAACUUAUUCUGGAUCUUUGUCUGUUCUAUGUAUGUAUGGGGGAGCCUUUCACUACAACUUAGGAGAUACCCAUCCCUUUAAAAAUGGGGAUAAGAAAUACUUUUUGCAAUCACCGUGCACUUUUUGGAAACUAAUGAAGUAAUGUAAUAUAAACUGUAAUGCCGUAAUUCAUAA